AUGUACCUAUCUAUUUCUUGUUGCAGAAAGCUUGGUUUGGAGUUGGUACCUCGUCGAGGCGCUGAAGCCGUUGACCCGGAGGACACAAGUCUAGUCGAGUUGUACAGAGUACAUGCUGAGAGUGCGGAACGUGCUGCAGCAUGGCGUGGUACGUUACGUCGUGCUGGUGGUUCCGGGAGCAGCUUCAAUUCUGGCACACUGACAAACAAUUCAAAUGUAAUCACAGCAACCACUGUGCAAUCUCACCUUAUGUGCAGUAUGCGGGACUUUGGUCAUACUGCGGGGGGAGAUGAGGCAGAACUGUUACUAUGGUUACACGAUGCGAGACGAGCUCAGCCUCUUUCGGAAAGGUUCAGGGUACGGAUAGCCAGGGAUGGGUUCUCCAACUAUGUGGAUAGACUACAUGCAAAUAGUACACUUUUUGCUGACCUAUCAAGUACAGAUCUAUCGCGCGAGCUAUGGCUCGUCGCGUGGGUGAUACGUGUAGGGCGCUGGUCGGGUGCAGGCGGUAGUGGCACGGGGGAAAGACGAGGCCCUGUAGCAAGGAGGCCUUUGGGUGCUGGGGUAUUACCGUUAUCAGAGUUUCUGAGACAAGCCGAACCACAGACUAUCGAAAAAGAAUACACUUUUAAGGUAUAUCAAUGCGAAGAAAAAGAUUUCCACCAACUCCAUGAUAUGCUGAUUCGUAAACAAACAAACAAGUGCAACAUUUUACCAGGUCAACCUAAUUAUGGAAUAGUAGUAGCUCUUCGGCUAUUAACAAACUCCGGUAGCAUAGCAGAAGCUGUGACCUCAGGAGCCACAGUUACAGCGAAACGGGGCUUCCCUGACGUGAUAAUGCCGGGAGAUGUCAGGAACGAUCUCUAUCUCACUUUGGAUAGGGCGGAGUUCGAAAGGGGCGGUAAAAGCACCGCGAAGAAUGUUCUAGCAACUGUCAGUGUACAUGACAGUACUGGACAAGUCAUUAGUGAUUGUGUAUGGGGAGCCAGUGGUACGGGGUCGACAUCGUACGAGUCACUAGUACUGUACCACAACAACAGCCCGGCGUGGGGUGAGCAGCUGCGGCUGACUGUCCCGCUGGAGACGUUCACGCAUGCGCACGUCAGGAUCGAAUUUAGACAUUGUUCAACACGUGAUAAGAAUGAGCGCAAGUUGUUUGGGUUCUCGUUCGCGCGUCUCAUGGAGGCGAGUGGCGCCACGCUGCGGGACGGCGCGCACGAUCUCUACGUGUACAAGUGUGAUGAUCCCUCCAAGUUAUUAUCAGGAAGCUACCUCUCGCUCCCGUCGUGCGCAAGCGACACAACACGCGCGACGUCUAACGGCGUUCUAACCUCCUUCCAAAGAAGCACUAAAGAGAACUGUAUUAUAAGCACUCUCUUGUGUUCCACUAAACUCACACAAAAUGAGGAUCUACUAGCGUUAUUGCAAUGGCGCGCUCGACCUGAGAAAGUACAAGAAACACUAAUGCGUGUUCUGCGUUUGGGAGAUGGCCUGAGUUGCGAAGAACUCAUCAAGUUUCUGAGAGAUGUUUUAGAUGCUUUGUUUGCUUUGUUCUCUACUGAAGAUGGGAAUAGCACUCCUCAUUCCGGCACAGUUUUCCUAGUACUAGUGUCGAUCUGCAGUUUGUUAGAUGAGUCCCGCUUCCAGCACUUUCGACCGGUUCUUGAUGUUUAUAUUGAGGAGCAUUUCUCGGCAGCUCUCGUAUACAAAGGCCUACUGUCGUCGGUGCAGCACUGCGCGGAGUGGGCCGCCGGAACCGACGGGCAGGAGCCGAUCCGCAAGUGCCUGCGCUCGCUGGGCGCCGUGUUCCGGCUGGCCGUGCGCUCGCGCUGCCUGUUCGCACGCGCCACCGGCGGCCAGUACGAGGACAGCUUCCGGCGGGACGUGCGCGCCGCGCUGCACGCGCUCAAGGCGCUCGCGCAGCACCCGCAUAGGGAUCACUUGGCGCCCGCUCAGGUCGCCCUAAUGACGUCAUGGGCCAGUGUAGCCAAAGAGGUAGCGUCCGCGCUCGGGCCGGUGGAGGCGGGCCGCAUCACCGCGGCGAUGCUGGACGCGCCCGCCGCCAACGCGCCGCCCGCGCUCGCUAAGGCGAGGCUCGCCGCUGCUCAGGAAGUGCUUAAAGGACCGCUCGGGCAAGAUCCUGAGGCACGCAACAUAGUUCUAACAACAGCAUGCCACCACCUACGAGUGCACCUUGCACGAAGGGAUGAACUGGCCCAAUGUGCAGACAUGCUAGGAGAACUAGUAACCUUACUGUGGAAGAAGGAAGACCCUGACCAGAUAGUGGAUGAAGACGAGCUGGACCCUGACGUGGACGUGCUAUGUCUGAACACGCUAGACGUGUUGGUUGAGACUGUCCUUAAUCUGAUUGGCGGGAAGUCCCCUGUACUGGGUCCAAUGGUAGCGGGUCUACUGGGAGUAAUGGAGCUACUGCGGCCGGCGCACUACCAGCGUCUGUGGAGUCACCUCGCACCGCAUCCGAACGACCGAAAACCGCUCAAAGACUUCCUAAUGCGAGCCUUCCUUGUGUUCCGACAUUUGAUUGAGCAAGAUGUCUUCCCACCUGACUGGAUGGUGUUAAGAGUUCAGAGCUGUAAAGUAUUAUUAUCUGCACUGCAAGAUCUAGCGAAACCUUUGUUGGAAAGGUUCUUGGGAGAUGAACCGCCGCAGUUUGAUUCACAGCUGUGGUCGGGCUACCUGGAGCUGGGCGUGGCGCUGGUGACGGCGAACGCGCUGCAGGCGGAGCAGUGGGCGCGCGGGCCGCAGCGCGCCGCCAUGCGCGCCGCCGCCGCGCUGCACCUGCUCGCUGUGUGGACCAGGCUCGGUGUAGCCCAACUCCAGCUAAUAGGACCAGCGGUAGGCGCCCUACUAGAAGUGACCCUAGUACCCGAACUACGACGCGCAGCCCUAGAAGCCCUAGUAGGGCUCAUGGCGGCGGAACGCGCGGCCACCGGCUCCGCUCGCAAGACGGAAGCGGCAUUAGUGGAUAAACUGGACUCGCUCGUCGCUGAUAACAAAGCUGAUGAUCAUUAUAGACGGCUUUUUGAUACUGUGGAACACUUGAGUUCUGUUCUAAUGGAGCGCGUGUCGACGGAGGGGUGGCGCGAGGCGGGCGCGGCGUUCGUGGGCUGCGUGACGCGCCUGCUGGAGCGCCUGCUGGACUACCGCGCCGUCAUGCAGGGCGCCGAGCACCGCGACAAGCGCAUGGCCGCCACUGUCAACUUGCUAAACUUCUACAAAAAUGAAAUCGAUCGCAAAGAAAUGUAUUUGCGCUACGUGUACAAGUUGCACGACUUGCACAUUGCAUCUGACAACUGGAUAGAAGCUGGAUGUACUCUUUUGCUUUACGCAGAAACCUUAAACUGGGAGAGCGAUCAAAUAGGCGUGGAUCCCGAACAUCCCGAAACUCCGGAAUGGAAACGUAAAGAAGCCUUGUAUAACCAAGUGUUGCAGUACUUCGACCGUGGAAAGUGCUGGGAAAAAGGCUUGCCGCUGCUACGUGAGCUGGCAACGCUAUACGAGGUGAAGCUGUACGACUACGCGCGCCUCGCGCACUGUCUGCGCACGCACGCGACCUUCCUGGACUCUGUCCUGGAGCAGCUCAGACCAGAGCCCGAGUACUUCAGAGUGGGCUUUUACGGGAAGGGAUGUCCGCUGUUUGUUAGGAAUAAACAGUUCGUGUAUCGUGGGCAAGACUACGAGCGCAUCGGGGCGUUUACUCAGCGCUUGCAAUCAGAGUAUGUGUCGGCUCACAUACUGAUGCGCAACACUCCUCCCGAUGACUCUAUAAUUGCUGCUGACGGACAAUAUAUACAAAUCUGCAACGUGAAGCCGGUGGCGUCGCGGCGCACGUGGCCGGGCGGCGCGCCCGACCAGGUGAAGCGCUUCUACGCGUGCAACGACGUCGACACCUUCCUCUGCGACCGCCCGCUGCACAAGCCGCCCAUUGAUAAGGAGAAUGAGUUUAAGAGUUUAUGGAUUGAGCGCACAACGCUUGUGACUGAGACCACACUUCCAGGAAUAUUGAGAUGGUCUGAAGUCAUCUCUCGAUCCGUAGAGGAAAUACCGCCAGUUGAAUUCGCAUGUGAAACAAUGGAAGCAACAGAAAGGGAACUUCGCAGUCUAAUAUCCCAAUACACAGCCGACCCCACGCAGAACAUCAAUCCAUUCUCAAUGAGACUACAAGGCACUAUCGACGCCAAUGUCCAAGGAGGUAUUACUAAAUACGAGCAAGCGUUCCUAACUGCGGAGUUCAGUAGGAAUGCGACGCCCAGAGAGGCGGCCGCCGCGGCCAAGUUGAGGAGGCUCAUAGCGUCGCAGUUGGCGGUAGUGGAGGCAGGGCUCACUCUACAUGGUCGGUUAGCACCGGAGGAAGUUAAGCCGUUGCAUCGACGAUUAGUAGAACGUUUCACUCAACUAAGGCAGAAUCUGGGACCAGGCUUAGCUCGUGCCAGGCGUCAGCUGUCUGAAAGUAUUGUCAAUACACCACUACCACCAGUGCCCGCACUAGAUAAGAGGUCUCACAGCGUCCAACAAAACGAUGGAUACUAUGAAGACGGACAUCUUUAUAAUAGGCCUAUCUAUUCUCUAGAAGACGGAAUAGACCAGCAAAGUGGUAUAAUGACGAACAGCCUCCCCGGAGAUAAUAGAGAGAGAGAUAACAGAGAGUACGAAGACAACUCUAUGAUCAAGUCGGCGCCCCCGUUGCCGACGCGACCGAAGUCCGGCGACCCCAGGAGCCCUACUAGACCGCUGGAAAAGUAUAAAGAUACAGUAGAGGAAGAGGUAGAAACGCGUCGUCACAGCCGCGCCUCGUGGAGCGAGCCCGGCGACGCUCCGCCGCUACCGCCGAGAGUGUCUGGAGACAAGCGGUUGUGGAGUGAGGCGCCGGCGGUGCCGCGACGCGCGCGCGCGGCCGAGGAGCGCGACUCCGGCGUGAGCGUGGACGCGCACCACUACACUAACGCGCCUGACAGGCACAAUCAUGAUAUCGAUAUAGUGGAAUCGCUUCGGUACGAGGAAAUAAUAUCAAUGAUGUCCGAGCCAUUGCACGUUGACGAAGAGGAAACCCCGCCGCCCAUCCCGCCCAAAGGACUGGGACAUUUGAGCAGCUUCGAUUCCGGGCACCACGAGAACGGGGAAUCCCACUGC